GCCCGGCCCUUUCCGGCGCGUUACCCCUGCCCUUUUUAGUGCCCCCUGCCACUGCUCUCCCCACCCCCCACCACCGUCACUCAGCCUCUCUGCCGCUCGCUGCUCCCGCUGCAGCGCGGAGCCGGAGCUUCUUCCCCCCUCCCCCUCCCGCAGAGGAUUUUCCGCGGAGAACGAUGAUGCAGGCCAAGUCGGAGUCGGACGCGACGAGCAUGGCGGCGUCGUCCCCGCCGCGUUCCCCGAAGCGGGCCAGCUACUUCGUACAGAGCCCGUCGUCGCACGGCGCCGGCGGCAGCAGCAGCGCCGCCGGCGGGUACAAGUCCCGUUCCCCGUCGGUGCAGGCCACCCCGGUGUCCAACAACAGCCCCGCCAACUCCCCCUUGCGCCCGUCCUACGCCAGCCGCCACUCCCGGGGCCCCGCCAUCACCCGCUUCUCCAGCAAGCUCCGCCCCGCCGGCAGCGGUGUCCGCACCAGCUGGGACCGCAAGGCGGUCAAUGGCAAAGGGUGGCCCGAAUGCACCGUGAUCGAGGAAGAGGGCUCCUACCAUGAGUUCUCCAGCGACAGCGGCCUCUCCCGUGGGCUCAAGAUCGUGCUGGGCUUCAUCAGCCUCGUCCUGCUGUUCACCACCAUCUGCCUUGUCAUCUGGGGCGUGUCGCGCCGUCAGGAGCCAGAUGUCGUCGUCAAGAGCUUGGUCAUGGAUAACUUCUAUGCUGGUGCGGGCACAGACCAUAGUGGGGUUCCAACCAAAUUGGUGACACUGAACUGCUCCCUGAACAUGGUUGUAUCCAACCCUGCCUCAAUCUUUGGAAUACAUGUCACCUCAGGCCCUGUUCGUCUGCUCUACUCAGAGAUCGCAAUCGGGGUUGGACAGGUUCGCAAGUACUACCAACAAAAGAACAGCCACCAAGCCGUGUCGGCGGUCAUCCAUGGCGAGAAGGUCCCCCUCUAUGGUGCAGGAGGUGCGCAAUCGCUGUCAAGCAAAUCCGGGAUGGUGCCAUUGACGCUGGACUUUGAACUGACCACCCGGGGCUACAUCAUCGGCGCCAUGGUGAGGGUGACCCACAAGCUGCAUGUGAAUUGCAAGAUCAAAAUCGACCCCAAGAAGACGAGGCCGAUCAGGCUCCCCAAGGAUGCCUGCGCCGUGGACAGAGCCUGAAGGGCCGGCGGCUUGCUCUGUUCAUGCAGUUAAAAGUAUGUAUGUACUGUCCUGUGUGAAGAGCAAAUAAGCAUAGACAAGGUCACCUGUUUUAAGCUUCGGUUUUGCGGACAAGUUACCCUUUGUGUGCGGCGGUGAUUUUGUCUAUGGAGGAAUGAUGUGCUCUCAAGUGUGGUGCUGCUAGGGCUGAAUUUUGCAUCAUGUUUUUUCGGAGAGACGCCCCACCGUGUUAAAAAAUAAAAUGAGAGUCAUUCUGGUAUC